AGAAGAUAACUGUCCCGCCCCCACAAAAAAUCAUGGCGGCCCCCAUGGUUGUCGGUCGAAAUAUUCGCACAUUCGGAAGGAUAUUCGUGGGAGUCUCACAAUCGUUUUUACAGGGAUCAAUAGGAUUGAACGCUUGCAGAUAUCGUGGGAGAUCUACAUUAUGUCGCAAACAAAGGCACACAACUACAGAGGACAAACAUAGCCCUCUCCAGUUGCCUGCAGCCUGCCUCCACACUGGAACCUUCUCUUCCUCUCUUCCCUCAUCUGUGAUUGUCACAGAGGAGCCGGACACGCUGUACCAGAAGGUGUCUCUGCUGGUGAAGGGCCAUGACAAAGCAGUCCUGGACAGCUAUGAGUUCUUUGCCAUCCUGGCUGCCAAAGAGCUGGGAGUCACUCUGGGCAAAGUAUUUGAGCCUCCAAAGAACAUUGAGCGGCUGACACUUCUGAAAUCUGUCCACAUCUUCAAGAAACACAGGGUCCAGUACGAAAUGAGGACGCACUACCGCUGCAUAGAGCUCUCUUGUGUGACUGGAUCCACUGCACAGGUGUACCUGGAAUACAUACAGAGGAAUCUGCCAGAGGGUGUGGCCAUGGAGGUGACCAAGACCUCCAUGGAGAAGGUUCCAGAGCAUCUCCUGGAACCUAUGUGGAACGACCCGCGAACUGAAGAGAAGCCCAGCCAAUAAGAGCAGAGUCCCAUACAUAAGCUGCUUAUCUCAGCACCCAAUCAAGAAGACAGAACCUCCAGCCCUGAGACCGGUCCAGAGAAUAUGCUUGUUGACCAGGUUCAGCCAGAGCAACGCGCUGUAUAGAUGAUCUGAUCAACUACUAAACAAAUAGGUAUUGUAACUGUGCGGCCCCUAGCUCAGGCCAACCCUCAUGAACAAGCAGUGACUCAGUAUCUGUGCAUCAGGGCAUCCUCCACAAAAGCAAGAACUGAAACGGACUAUUUCAGUCCAGAGAGAUGGUCAGUAGUCAUCUGCUCUCUGAGUUAAGCUUAUGCUGCUCAUUUUAGUUGGCCCUCUUUUUCUUGUAAUGUCCAAAUUUCUGUACUCCAAAAGACUACAAGAUGUAUGUUUACGUUUUGUUAUUAAACUAUUAAUUAGACAUGG